AUGGAAUAUGGAGUUGAUCUCAUGUAUAAUCAGGCAUACCACGGUUUACAAUUCACAAAGCAAUUUCUUUGGGGUGAUGACAUCAAGUCUUAUUCAGACUUUGUUUGGUAUAAAGAUGCCAUUGAACAUUACAAUCCUGGAAGCGUCGUGAAUUUUGAGUAUGAUAGUGUGACGCGUCCGUUCAAAAGGUUUUUCGUGGCCUUUGAAGCUUCUAUAACUGAGAUCUAUCCAGUUGCAUUUGGAAUUGUCGAAAGUGAAAAUUGUGAUAGUUGGCAAUGGUUCUUAACCAAUUUGAAGGGUAUUAUUCUUGAAGAUCGUCCACUGACCAUCAUAUCAGAUCGUGGAAUCAGCCUUUUGAAGCAUGUGCCUGAAGUCUUCCCAAAUGCUUUCCAUUUGUUCUGUUUGUACCAUAUGAAAGGAAAUAUUCCUGUUCCAAAGGGCAGGAGUAGACAAACUGCAGUCAAGUUAUUCGAAGAGUGCUACACUGCAUUAACAAAGGAAAAUUUUUAUGCUGCUGCGAAGAGUAUGAGCAACCUAAAGUUGGAUUCAGUGGUUGCUUGGAUGAUGAAGAUUCCAUUCGAGAAUUGGGUUGCUCAUGCAUUUCUAGGAGAAAGGUGGGGUGAGAACACAACUAAUAUUGCUGAGAGUUUUAACAACGUCAGUAAGCAUGAUAAGCCGCUUCCAGCACUUGAGCUUGUUGAUGUUAUUCGUGCUAAGGUAAUGGAGCAGAAUUACAAGAGGUUAGUGGAGUCUAACAAGUGGACUACAAGGCUCACUCCUCGUAUGCAAUCAAGGUUUAACAAGAGGAUAAACAACUGUCGUGCAUACAAGUUUCGGAGAGCAAGUGAGAAGGUAUUUGAGAUCAUUUCUCCAACUGGGAAGCAUACUGUCGACUUGGAUUCUAGAACUUUCACCUGCAAAUGGUGGCAAAAACAUAGCUUUCCUUGCACUCAUGCAAUGAAAGCAAUGUUGCAGAUUGGAAAUGAUGAACCGUACAACUACAUCAUCCCUUACUAUACUUCUGAUUACUAUAGAAGGUUGUACUCUCGACCCAUUUAUCCUAUUCCUGACUCUGAGAAGACACCUGGAACUAAUGAAAAUGGGUAUAUUUUUGCCUCCCACCGGUGGUCGAGAACAAGCUGGAAGACCUAA